AUGGCGGCUGCUGGUGAUGAGAAGCUGUACCUUCUGGUGGCGUGUGCCCUGCUGCUGCUCCUUGCUGUGGGGUGCCAGGCCAGCCCUCUGCAGAUCGGGUUCUACCACGACAGGUGCCCCGAGGCGGAGGCCAUCGUCAAGGGCGUCAUGAUGGAGGCCAUCUCCCAGAACCCCGGCAAUGGCGCCGCCAUGAUCCGCAUGCUCUUCCACGACUGCUUCGUCGAGGGUUGUGAUGCUUCGGUCCUCCUGGACCCGACCCCGUUCAGCCCGAUGCCAGAGAAGCUCAGCCCGCCCAACAACCCCUCCCUGCGCGGCUUCGAGCUGAUCGACACCAUCAAGGAUGCCCUCGAGGCGGCCUGCCCAGACGUUGUCUCAUGCGCCGACAUCAUCGCCUUUUCGGCCCGCGACGCGUCCUGCAUCCUCAGCGCCGGCAAGGUGGACUUCGAGGUGCCAUCCGGCCGCCGCGACGGCACCUUCUCCAACGCCUCCGAGCCGCUCAAGUUCCUCGCCCCGCCCGCAUCCAACCUCAGCGACCUCGUGGACAGCUUUGUCGUCAAGGGCCUUGACGUGGAGGACCUGGUCAUCCUCUCUGGAGCGCACACCAUCGGGCGCUCCCACUGCUCCGCCUUCGUGCCCGACCGCCUCAACGUCUCCUCCGACAUCGACGGCGGCCUUGCCGCAUUCCUGCGUGGCCAGUGCCCCGCAGACGCCGCCUCGGGCGGCAAGGACCCAACGGUGAUGCAGGACGUGGUGACCCCAAAUGACAUGGACAAGCAGUACUACAACAACGUGUUGUCGCACACGGUGCUCUUCACCUCUGACGCGGCACUCCUGACGUCGGAGGAGACGGCCAGGAUGGUGGUGGACAACGCCAACAUCCCCGGGUGGUGGGAGGACAGGUUCGAGAAGGCCAUGGUGAAGAUGGCCGGCAUUGAGGUCAAGACCGGCGACCAGGGACAGAUCAGGAAGAACUGUCGCGCAAUCAACUACUACUAA